CCUUGCCGCUUAUUUCGUGCCGUUUCUGUGACAUGUCGUCGUUCGACUAUGAGUCCGCUCUUUCUACACCAACAUCAGAUGGGGUAGAUAAGGAGCUACAAACUUUUGUUCAAACAAUACAACAAAGAGCGGAAUUUCAAAGUCAUGUUAAUCACUUGGCUUCUAUUUGUUGGGACAAAUGCGUCAGUGGAUAUCCAUCAUCAAAAAUGGAUGCUAAGAAAGCCAACUGUAUAGAGAACUGUACCGAACGUUACCUUGAUGUCUCUAUGCUACUUCGUAAUAGAUUUCAGUCGAUGUUAACUAAUUUACAACAUUAAUUUACUUUGCAUUUUCCUUUAAUUACAAUUGAAUUUGUGUACAUAAAACUCUAGGGAAUGAUGUACCUGUUGUUCUUUUUGCUUGUGUAGUUUACGUGGACUGUUGUAAAUGCCUUAUUUUUCUACAUGUAUAGUUUUGAAUAUAACUGGUGCUACAUGUAGUUCAUAAUUUUAGCUUUCAAUAAAACCUAGACUUAAUGGAAA